CAUCCGGUCCCGAAUCGACCGUCAGCCCGUCACCUACUGCUCCGGCGAUUCUCGCCGCCGGCCGUCCCGAUGCCUCCUCCACCGCGCCGGCGCCCGGCCGGCGACCCCAGCCCGAACCUUCCUCCCACCGCCUCCCACUCCGGCAUGGUCAAGCUCCUCGCCGACCUCCUCCACCACACCCCGCCCUCCGCCUGGCCGCCGGCGCUCGCCUCGCCGCCGCUCCGGAAUCGCAUCUCCCCUUCCCACGUCUCCUCGCUCCUGCUCCUCCCGGCCUCUCUCUCCCGCCCCGGCCUCUCCCGCCGCUUCCUCCUCCUCCUGCCCCCCAGCAUCGUCUCCCCGCUCUGCCUCUCACUCCUCGCCCUCUCCUUUCUCUCCUCCACCUCGCCGCCGUCCUCCUCCUCUUCCUCGCCGCACGCCGCCUCGCUCCUGCUCUCCCUCGCGUCUUCCUCCCUGUCCGCGUCGUCCUCCUUCUCGUCCCUCUCCCACGCCUCAUCCCUCUCCGCGUUCCCUCCCUCCGCCACCGCCGCCGCCGGCACGCUCCUCGCCUCAUCCUACCUCCGCCUCCGCCGCGCCCGCGACGCCGCCGCCGUGCUCCACCUCUCCCUGUCCGCCGGCAUUGCUCCCGACCAACACACUGCUUCCCAGAUACUCUUCUCCCUCGUCAAGAUCCGCCAGUUCGCCCUUGCCCGUCACCUGUUCGAUGGAAUGCUUCAUUCUGGUGUUCUCCUGGACGAGUACGUUUACACGGCCGGGAUCAGGGCUUACUGCGAGGUCAGGAAUCUCGACGGCGCCAAGGGGCUCGUGGCAAGGAUGCAGGAUGAGGGGGACAAGGUCAGCGCGGUGCCGUACAAUGUGUUGAUUUAUGGAUUGUGCAAGAAUCAGCGCGUUCGAGAGGCAGUGGAUGUAAAGAACAGCAUGCUGGCAAGGGGAGUUGCAGCUGACGAAGUGACUUGCCGUACGCUGGUGUAUGGGUUUUGUAGGACGGAGGAGCUGGACAUGGCAUUGGAAAUGACAGGUGACAUGGCUAGGCUGGGGUUUGUGCCAUCAGAGGCCAAUUGCUCGUUUAUGCUUGACGGGCUACGGAAGAAAGGGAGGGUUGAGGAGGCUUUCAGGUUAGCUUGUCAGUUGGGUGAGCUGCGCAUGGUGCCGAACAUAUUUGCAUAUAAUGCGUUACUAAAUAAUAUGUGCAAGAACGGAAUGUUUAGUGAGGCAGACAGGCUCGUAAAUGAGAUGUCCGACAAGGGUCUGGAGCCAAACGAGGUGACUUAUGCUAUAUUAAUACACUCCCUUUGCAAAAGGGGGAUGAUGGAUGAUGCACUUUGUAUGCUUGAUAGGAUGAGGGAGAAGGGAGUCAGGAUGACAGUUUAUCCAUACAAUUCCUUAAUUAAUUGUUGCUGCAAAAAGGAUGAUUUAGACAUGGCAAUGGGUUUUCUGAGCGAGAUGGUUGAGAUUGGGCUAACACCAAAUGCUGCUUCGUAUUCUCCCGUCAUAGCAGGUUUAUGUAGGAAAGGGGAUCUGUCUGGUGCUGUGGAGCUCCACAGGAAGAUGGCUGAGAAGGGUGUUGCAUGGAAUACUUAUACAUUCACGGCCCUUAUCAAUGGUUUCUGCAAGGCGAAAAAGAUGGAUGAAGCUUCUAGGUUGUUUAAUAAGAUGACUGAGAGUAACCUAGAACCAAAUGAAGUAACUUUUAAUGCCGUGAUAGAAGGAUAUUGCCUGGUAGGCGAUAUUAGGAAGGCAUUCCAGUUAUAUGAUCAAAUGAUGUGUAGGGGCCUCACACCUGAUAAUUACACUUAUAGGUCAUUGAUAAGUGGAUUAUGCUUGACUGAUGGAGCCUCCAAAGCAAAGGAAUUCGUUGCUGAUCUAGAAAACAACUGUUCUGUAUUAAACAAAUUUAGCCUAACAGCACUUCUGCAUGGAUUCUGCAGAGAAGGAAGGUUGACCGAAGCAUACCAUGUUUGGAAUGAGAUGGCAAUGUGGGGAGGCAAGCUUGAUCUUAUCAGCUUUACCAUUAUUGUGUAUGCAGCUCUGAAACAGCAUGACAGCGAAAAAUCAUGCGUGUUAUUCAGGGAGAUGAAAGAAAAAGGUGUCAGGCCAGACAAUGUGUUCCAUACAUGCAUGAUCAACAUGUACUCAAAAGAAGGAAAUAUGGUUCAAGCAUUAAAUUGUUGGGAUGAGAUGAUCGCAGAUGGGCACUUGCCAAAUACCGUCACAUAUACGGCUUUAGUCAAUAAUCUCUGCAAGUCAUGGCAUUUGAGCAGCGCAGAGCUCCUUUGUAAAGAAAUGUUAGCCAGUCACUUUCUUCCUAACAGUUAUACUUUUAACUGUUUUCUUGAUUAUUUUGCAACUGAAGGGAACCUGGAAACGGCUAAAGAUCUCUAUUUUGCCAUGCUUCAAGGAUUUCUUGCUAACAUAGUGUCUGUUAACACGUUGAUCAAGGGGUUCUGCAAGGUUGGGCAGAUUCAAGAGGCAAUUGACCUUAUUAGUAGGAGUACUGAAAAUGGUUUUUUUCCUGAUUGCAUCAGCUAUUCUACAGUAAUACAUGAGCUCUGCAAGAAGGGUGAUAUAAAUGAAGCGAUUGAGCUUUGGAAUGAAAUGCUGUACAAGGGAGUGAAACCUGAUAUUGUAGCAUACAAUAUUUUGAUACGGUGGUGCAAUAUCCAUGGUGAAUCUGAUAAGUGUUUAGGAAUAUACAUUGAUAUGGUUAAGAAAGGGGUGCAACCGAAUUGGCACACACAUAGAGCUCUUUUUGUAGGAACCUCUCUGAUGAGCAAGGGAAAUACUUUGAUGCUGAUCCCUGAUGUUUAGUGCAACCGUUUUAUUGCUAUUCUUGACUCAAGUAGGCUGACUUCUCGCAUUGAGGAUGGCGAUGGCACCAUGGAUUGUUCCUUGAGCAGUUGCUGCAUGUACAACCUGGGGCUGUCAAAAAUAUAAAGUGCUUCUUUCAGUGGUAGAGCAUACCUGACGGAUGUGGCCACGAGCACAUCAGCGGAAUUGACAGAAUCUCGCGGCUUCGAGUUCUGGGUGAUGUAUCUGGACCAUGCAGGACAUAUGCAUUGUUCAUCUUUUUCAGACAUCAGCACGUUAUCCAACUGUGGCUGAUGAACUUGGAUAUGUCCCAGUAUAUGCUGCUUCUCACAUCUAAGCUCGGUGCUUGGUGUUUGUUGAUUGUGGUCUGUGCAGCAAGACCGCCCUAAUUUCUGAUACAUCGGUGUGGUCCUCGUACACAUGCCAAUUUGCUGGUUUCCGUCAAUUGUAUUAUUUAUUCGUCACGGAAGAACUGGGCAAGGUCUCUUGUUUCUCGAAACUAUGCAGGAACUCUGCUGGAAGCCACGGCAAUACAAUCCUGUUAACUGUAAUAUUUUUGCGCUCAGCCGCUGUUCAGAGGGGAACAAGUUCCAGCACAUAUUUAGUGUCAGUCCUGUGAAGUUCCCCUCGUCUGCUGAGACCCUGCGCAGUUGGUUUGAUGUACAGCAGAUCCAUUACCUGCACAAACUGUACCGUACCUCCGUGUAUAGAAAGAAGGAAAGCAAGAGAUGGCCAUUCAUAUGCUUCAACAGUCUAACCCUGAGAAGCAUGGUUGGUUCCAUUUGAUUUUCUUGGUAUCAGGCCAUCGACAGCGUCGAGCAAUCAUUCUGUAGUCGUUCGGGAGGCAGACAAUGUCUCCUUUAAUAUGUGCUGCCAGCAGUUUGGGAUCAUGGGAUGUACUGUCAGCGAUGAGCUGAUGAUAGUUGCCUGAUGGCCUGAAUAUAUACUUCAAGAAUAUAGUACAUCAAACUGAAUACGUUUUUGGCCAUCUCUGGUGUAUUAUACUAUCUCAGGAUUUAUUUUUUUCUUGGUCUCUUAGAGAA